CUCUAAACUGCGUCCAAAUUUCAUUAUAGUCACCGAAAAAAAAUUGUUCCUUUCGACCUUUGCCAUUUUCACCGAAUUUUCUGACGUUUUAUCACGUGACAUUUAAGCUGUAAAAAAAAAUAACAGCUGACUAUGUCUUUUAACUCAAACAAACGCAACAUAUUUAUUAAAUCAUUGGAGCCAUGGACCUUCCCAGCGUCGAUUUUGUCAUUUCUUCUGGGGACAGUUCUCGCCUGGAAACAUGACGGCAAGUUUGAUGUUGUGAAAUGUUUCCUCACAGCUCUUGUUAUCCUCCUCACUCACGCGGCAGGGAACUUUGCAAACUCGUAUUACGAGGCCGAAGACCGAAGGUUUUUCAUUUCGUCUACCACAAGACGAGUCACGCUCGAAAUCAGCGCAAAAUGGGCGGUAUGGAGUUAUGUUCUUGCUUCAGCAGCGUUUUGCUGUCUAGCUGUGGUCUCUGAAGCAGAAUUCAGGCUGGAAUUUGGCCUGUACGCUACUGGUUUUCUCACUUCAAUGUUACAUGGUGGAGGAUUGAAGAACAUUGUAGUCGGCGACGUGUUAGCCUGUGGGAUAUUCGGUCCUCUGUCUCUUGUGUUCAGUUACAUUCAACAAGUUGGAACCGUUCACCGGCAAUUGUCGUAUACUUGGAUGGUAACUUACUCUUUGCCUUUUAUGCUAUUCACAGAAGCUAUAUUUCACAGUCAAAACACACGUGAUCUUAAGACAGACAUCAGAGCUGGCUACAGGACACUGGCAGUACUUGUUGGACCACAGCGCGCAUGUUAUUUUCACACUUUGUUUAUGUUGUUCCCAUAUGUAAUUGUAGGUUUACAAGCUGCAACUACCUCGCUGUAUUUCGGGUUAACUUUGCUUACUCUACCUUUCGCCUUUAAUUUAAGUGUAGCGUGUUUUGAAGGGAAACAUUUCACUCUACCACAAAAAAUUGCCGUCUUAUAUGCUUCAUUUGGAAUUUUGUACGUUUUUAGUAUGUACCUAUCAUAGAAGUACCAAAAAAUGUUUGCUAAAAAUAUCUGUAGAAGCACAA